UAGUCAAAGCACUAGUCUACAAGUAAAAAUUUGGGUAUCUCUAUAUCCUUGAAUAUUGUGCCUUUUAUGUUUUGUGUUUAAAUUUUAAUGUGACUCUUUGUACUCAUCCAAUUUGUUUUUUGUGCACUUUUUCCGAGCAGCAACGUUAACUACUGGCCGUAUCCAAAAUGACAACAGAUUCAAAAAGUGAUGCCAUCAACAAUAUUGUCCACUUUUUUUUAAUACUUUACCAUUGGAUUGUUGGUAUAAUCUUGACUUUGGUUCCUCGUUCACUUCGAUAUAAAGAUGUCAAAGAUCAAACCGUUCUUAUUACCGGAGGUGGAAGUGGCUUGGGCCGUGCUUUAGCUUGCCGUUUUGCUGGCCUUGGUUGUCGCAUUGUGAUUUGGGAUAUUAACGCUGCUGGUAUGAGUGAGACAGCAGCUCGAGUGAAGAAAAUUGGUGCACCUGUGUUUACCUUUCAAGUCGACAUUUCGGAUCGACAGGCUGUCUAUGAAACUGCAGCACGAACCAAACAAAUUGCUGGUCCCAUUUCAAUGGUUAUAAAUAACGCAGGUAUUGUAACUGGUAAACGUUUCAUCGAUCUGAAAGAUGAAGACAUUGAUAAAACAAUGGCUGUCAACUGUACCUCCAAUUUUUGGAUAAUCAAAUCAUUUUUACCGGAUAUGAUGAAAGUCAAUAAAGGACACAUUGUAACCAUUUCAAGUGUUGCUGGACUCAGCGGUGGACCUCGAUUAGCCGAUUAUUGUGCCUCCAAAUUUGGCUCUUGCGGAAUCGACGAGUCUUUACGUUAUGAGAUGAAAACUGAGGGUUAUGAUGGAAUCCAUUGUACAGUCGUUUGUCCAUGGUUCAUCAACACUGGAAUGUUUGAUGGAGUCAAGACUAAAUACAUGGGCCUAUUGGAACAAGAUUAUGUUGCCGAUGAAAUUGUCUCUGGUAUUCUGGUUAACCAAGAAAUCAUUGUUGUCCCGAGAUUAAUUUACUUCUUAUUGUUCAUCAAAUCAUUUUUACCCACCCAAUCAUCCUACUACAUUAUCAAAUUAAUUGGUGGUGAUACGGCAAUGAUGACUUUCCAUGGCAGACAUAAUAAAGUUAAACAAGGUUAACUAACAAAUUGAUCUCUCUCCCUUUUCAACCUAUUACUCUUGUUUUUGGUCCUGAUGUCUUUUUGGUUGCCAGCAACAGGGAAACCUAAAUUAUUAUUUCUGUGUGUUUCCACCCAAUUGUUUCUAUCUUCAACUUUUAAUAUCGUUAAUUGUACAAAGAACUGGUUAUGAUAAUGAUUAUGAUGAUAAUGAUAAAAUUUGAUAAGCGAUGGACUUCGAUUAACUUGGCUACCUCAUUUCCAGUUUUGUUUUUUUCUGUUUCUCAUUUCCACGAUGAAUUUAUUAUAAUAUUUAAAGAAAAUUGAUGUUCACAGAUCAAGAAUGAGUCGAAAAGCAAAUCUACUAAAUGGUAGCUUCGGAGUGAAUUCAAUUCAAAUCAUGUAUUAAGCUAAAAUCAUAAGCUAAUGUUUUGUUUUGUGUAUAAAUCAUUUUUGUGAAUAAACAGUUUGGUUUAUAUUA